AUGAGCGUUGCUUCGAUCGCGUCGCCUCGUAGAGUCCUGAAUCCACUCAUAAGUUGCUCGGGGGAGCAAAACAACUGCAGCCUCAGAAAAAACAACAGAGGUGUGUGUACUUUGAAGCCAUUCCCUCGCUUCACGCCAACUGAAUAUAAUUAUCGUAAUCUAGUACGUUCUGGGAGUGGUGCUUAUGCGCAGCAAGGGAGAGGACCACCGGCUCAAGUUAUGGAAAGGUUUCAAGGGGUUGCCAGCCAACUUAUGACUCAGCGAAUUAUACGCUUGGGCGGAGCUGUUGACGAUGAUAGCUGUAAUUUAAUAGUUGCUCAGUUGUUGUGGUUAGACAGCAUCGAUCCAAAAAAGGAUAUUACGCUAUAUAUUAACUCUCCAGGUGGGUCAGUGACUGCAGGCAUGGCUGUUUUUGACACGAUGAGACAUAUUAGACCUGAUGUUUCAACAGUUUGCGUUGGUCUUGCAGCUUCAAUGGGCGCAUUUCUUUUGGCAUCGGGUCAAAAGGGGAAACGAUUUAGUCUUCCAAAUAGCCGAAUUAUGAUACAUCAACCCUUAGGAGGUGCACAAGGACAAGCUGCUGAUAUUGAAAUUCAAGCGAAUGAAAUUAUGCAUCACAAAUCCACGCUGAACGGAUAUCUUGCAGAGUUUACAAAUAAACCUCUUGAGAAAGUAAUGGAGGAUACUGACCGUGAUUUUUUUAUGUCUGCUGCAGAUGCAGUUAGUUAUGGUUUGAUUGAUGCGAUAAUUGACCAUCCAACAAACUUGGCUGUUUCUGCUUCAGGAAUCCAGAUGUAUACUUCAGAGCCUUGA